GCUAGAUAAACACUCAGACUCACACGCGCGCACCAGCUGGCGCGCUUGCAGGCGCGCACAACACGCAUCUGUAAACAGACAGCAGCGAUCGUUAUAUUUCCGCUGCGGUAUAUUUUAAUGUUUUUUUUUUUUUAUCUGUCAUUUUAGUGGAAAAGCCAGCUUCUGACAGAGGAAUAGAAGGAGAGAGAGAGAGAGGAGCAGGUGUGCCCUUUAAGAGGGAAGGAGCAGCUGAAGCAAGGGCAGCAUCCCUUUCUACAUCCUCUGUGGAGGGUUGUGUCAUUCAGAGAAGUGAGAGAAAGGACAGGCGGUCAGACAAAGCCCUGCUUUUUCUUUUCCAUUCCUACUUCUUUCAUCAGGAGAUAGGCUGCAAUGGUCGGCAGCAAUCAGUAUCCCAAACCUGUCUGAGAGAGCCCUAUGAACUGCCGAUCCAAUGGACAUCAAAGGCCAGUGUUGGACAGACGAGGAGUCAGAUGGGGAGAACGAAUCUGAACAGUUCCUAUAUGGAAUCCAGUGCUGCUUGUUGCAGGGGAGCUGUGCUGCUGAUCUGUACCGCCAUCCUCAACUAGAUGCAGAUAUUGAGGCUGUGAAAGACAUCUACACUGACAGUGCAAUCUCAGUCAGGGAGUAUGGAACUAUUGAUGACGUGGACAUCGAUCUUCAUAUUAACAUCAGCUUCUUAGAUGAGGAGGUUGCAACAGCCUGGAAAGUUAUCAGAACAGAGCCCAUUAUUUUGAGACUGCGUUUUUCUCUUUCUCAGUACCUUGAUGGACCAGAGCCGUCAGUAGAAGUGUUUCAGCCUUCAAAUAAAGAAGGCUUCAGCCUUGGCCUGCAACUUAAAAAGAUCCUGAGCACAUUCACCUCACAGCAGUGGAAGCACCUCAGCAAUGAGUUCCUCAAGGCCCAGCAGGAAAAGAGGCAUAGCUGGUUCAAAGCUGGAGGGACCAUCAAGAAGUUCCGUGCUGGGCUCAGCAUUUUCUCUCCAAUUCCCAAAUCCCCAAGUUUUCCUCUGAUACAAGACACGGUUCUGAAAGGGAAGCUGAGUGUGCCUGAGCUGAGAGUGACCCGCCUGAUGAACCGCUCUAUCUCCUGUACAAUGAAGAACCCUAAAGGGGAGCUCUUUAGCUAUCCACCAAACAGCCAGACUGUAGCUGUCCCGGCGGCCAGGGCCCCAGCGCAGAUUACCACGAGGCAGCUGAUUGAAUUGUUUUUUUCAUCCCAGGCGGGCGGCCACUGCAAGAACAUCCCUACGCUGGAGUAUGGCUUCUUAGUGCAGAUAAUGAAGUACUCAGAGCAGAGGAUUCCCACACUAAAUGAAUACUGCGUGGUCUGUGACGAACAACAUGUUUUUCAGAAUGGGUCAAUGCUGAAGCCUGCUGUUUGUACCAGGGAACUGUGUGUAUUCUCCUUUUACACUCUGGGUGUGAUGUCUGGAGCUGCCGAAGAAGUGGCCACAGGAGCAGAGGUCGUGGAUUUACUUGUGGCUAUGUGUCGAGCUGCACUUGAGUCCCCACGUAAGAGCAUCAUUUUUGAGCCCUACCCAUCAGUUGUUGAUCCAAAUGACCCCAAGACCCUUGCAUUCAACCCAAAGAAGAAAAAUUAUGAAAGACUGCAGAAAGCACUGGACAGCGUCAUGUCCAUUCGGGAAAUGACCCAGGGUUCUUAUCUAGAGAUCAAGAAACAGAUGGACAAACUGGACCCUUUGGCCCAUCCUCUGUUGCAGUGGAUCAUUUCCAGUAAUAGGUCUCAUAUUGUCAAGCUGCCUCUCAGCAGGCAACUCAAAUUCAUGCACACCUCCCACCAGUUCCUGCUGCUCAGCAGCCCCCCAGCCAAGGAGGCUCGCUUUCGCACUGCCAAGAAGCUCUAUGGUAGCACCUUUGCCUUCCAUGGAUCCCAUAUAGAGAAUUGGCACUCUGUCCUUAGAAAUGGACUGGUCAACGCUUCUUAUACCAAGCUGCAGCUGCAUGGAGCAGCGUAUGGAAAGGGCAUCUAUCUGAGCCCCAUCUCCAGCAUAUCUUUUGGAUACUCAGGAAUGGGGAAAGGACAACAUCGCAUGCCCACUAAAGAUGAGUUGGUACAGCGUUACAACCGUAUGAACACCAUCCCACAGAGUCGUCCAAUACAAUCAAGGUUUCUGCAAAGUCGAAACUUGAACUGCAUUGCACUUUGUGAAGUGAUCACAUCUAAAGAUCUGCAAAAACACGGCAACAUAUGGGUGUGCCCGGUCUCUGACCAUGUCUGUACCCGCUUCUUUUUUGUGUACGAGGAUGGCCAAGUAGGAGACGCUAACAUCAACACUCAGGAGCCUAAGGUGCAAAAGGAGAUCAUGCGUGUGAUUGGGACCCAGAUCUACUCAAGCUAAUGGAGGUUCAGCAGCAGAUCUAUCCCUGUCUUAGCUGGGGGCAGGCAGACCGACAGGCAAUUGAAGCUAAUGCUUCGAUGAGCUGUCCUAAGACCGGAUUCUGAGGAAUGAAAAGCUCCUGAAAACAUUACUAACGUCAUGGCUUUACCCAUGAUUUUCUCCUUUUUUCUCCUGUUUUCUAUCUUCCCUGCAUUGUUACGAAUUUCCCGUUCACCAGACCCUCAAUUAGUUUGCACCUGGUUUACCCCCCUUUGUGCAUUGGUCUACACUAAUGCAGACAAAUUUGUAGAACUGCUGAGGUUAGACUGCUGUGGCUGCGGGUUUGCUUUCACUGAUUCUUUGGACUCGUUAUUUCAGUUUUUAUUCCUCUUUGUGAAUAUGUAGUCAAACAAAUAUUCAUUCCAAUUAACCUUUUAUAUUACAAUUACAAGAGGGAAUCCCUCACACAAAGAUGUUCUGUUUUUUAGAGUGUUUGGGACAAAAAAUGUUGUCAAUUUAUUCAGAACUUUUUGUUUGAAGGUAUGAACUGAGGCUGUUAUUUUAUGGAGGGGUUAGCAUCACUAUGGAGGGUUCUAUAUGGUAUAAUCUUACUUCCAGACUGAAAAUUCAAGUUGCUUGUUAAUGUAAUAGCAAGACAAAAAGGAAAUUGGCCAGGAAAAGCCAAUUACAACAUCCAUAUUAUUGUGACUCACCUGUUGUGAUGACAGAUUUUUUUUUUUUGCUUUAUUUAUUUAUUUGUUUGCUUUAUUUAUUUAUUUAAAGGGACUGAACCCAUAAAAUAUAACAUAUGCUUGUUCUCUGAUAACAAUGAUGGCUUUAAAUUCGAUAGAUAAGCAACAAAUAUUAAUAUCACCCCAAUAUAUGAAUCAUCUGAUUCUUAUUGAACAUAAAACAAAAGGGAUCAACAUGUUUUGGUGAUGUGUUUAUUGAAUCAAAAUGAUGGAAACUCUUUGCUUUGUUAUAUUGUAUGAAAAUGUUUAAAUUUCCUGUUUUUUCCUGUCAAUUAAUAAUCAGAACCAUUUACACAUGAGGCCUUUAUGGGUAAGAAAUAGUUAAAAAAAAAACGCUAGAUUUGUCUGCGGACCACAAAAAGUGUUAAGGGGAAAUACAUUAUACAACAAUACUUUUAAUGAUUAUUUUAGCCUAAUUUUUUAUAUUAUAAUAGUCUAGAGCAUAAAAUUUGUUGUCUAGCUUUAUUUUUUAUUUAUUUGAGUUUAAGGGUCUAUAAGUACUCACAGAAAAAGUAUUAUAAGAGAGAAUUAUGAUGGUUGAUGAGUUAGGAUAAAACUGGAGCUGUCAGAUCCAUAACAAUGACACAAACAUGCACAGUUGAGACCCCAUAUUUGCAUACACUGUUAAAAAAACAUGUCUGAAACCAAAAGACUGUUUUUUUUUUAAUGAACAACAUGCCUAUACAAAAAUAGGAGAAUAUUUCAUAUUUUUUUUUACCUCAGAAUUAACACAUUUCCUUACAGACUUAAUUUUUAAACUAAAUGAGAUUUGCUUAACAUUUUAGCUUUCCUCCCAGAAUUGUCUCACAGUAAUCUGACACAUUUUUGCCCUAUUAACAUGAAAUGGUUUGCUUAAAUGUUUGGGUCAUUGUCAAUUUUUUAGCCCCUUUCGUGUUCAAACUUUUAUCUUGUGAUGUUGCUUCAGUAUUUAUUUAUUUUUUUUCCAGUGUGCAUUUAAAACUCUCCAAUUUGUCUUUUUUUUAAUGUCU